AUGCUGAAAUGGCUACUCUACCCAGGAGAGGCUCCAUCACUGGAAGAGGAGACUAUAGCCUCUGAGCUGGAACCAGGGACAGUCGCAUCAGAACCAGCAGGCCGAGUCCGAAGACCCUGCGAAGUACCUGCGGUAUCGGACAGCUGGGCAUGUACCCAUGUCCCAGGAGGAAUCCCCACAACCUCCCUCACUGCUCGCAUGCCAGUAAUCAAUCUGAUCCAAUCGAAAAUAGCCCCCAUCAGACCAAUUGCCAUGGGACCAUCCGUACUGAUUGGAGGUGAAAGGGAUAACAUAUCAGCUGUCACUAGUCUCCUUCCAGAUGGUGUCAGCCGGCGAGCCCGGGUGAUUGAAGCGGUCUCCUACCUUACUCUUGCAUCGAACAUGUUUACCAUGGUGCUUUACAAUAGCCUUCGAGGGGGCAAAAGGAUGGGGUCCAGCCUGCACAGUGGAACAGGAUUGACCUGUCCUACUUCAGUCAGUCCAGUAGAUACUCGCAAACCCAAAGCCCCAACCCAGAAUUGCAAACAAGUAUCUGUAAACAAAGAAACAAAACAACCAAAACACACAAAGGCAAACGACUUAAAAGUACAAAUAGCAGCGCACAACCACUGCUCAAGGUCCUUACAGACCAUCUUCCGUCUUGUCCCGGGGGAUCAGCAGCAAGCUCAUAGUUCCUACAAAAUAGUAGAAGUGGUCUUCAUUGUUAUUGCAGCAGGAUCUUUAAGUUUGACAACCAUUAUUGGAAACAUUCUGGUCAUAGUGUCCAUCAAAGUAAAUAGACAUUUGCAAACUAUUAAUAAUUACUUCAUUUUCAGCUUAGCCUGUGCCGAUUUGAUUAUUGGUGCAGUCUCUAUGAAUUUUUACACCAUUUACAUUGUGUAUGGAAACUGGCCACUGGGUUCAAUAGCAUGUGAUUUCUGGCUUGCUACAGAUUAUGUUGUCAGUUAUGCCUCUUUCAUGAAUCUCCUUAUGAUCUGUCUUGACCGCUAUUUAUGCGUUGCAAAGCCUGUUAGCUACCCUUUGAAGCAAAGACCUAAGGUGGCCCUGAUGAUGAUUGCAGCCGCUUGGGUGUUGCCGCUUAUCAUGUGGGCACCGUCCAUUAUCUUCUGGCAGUACCUCGUCGGGGAGCGGACAGUUAAUGAAGGUGACUGUUACGUACAAUUCUUUUCAAAUCCUGCUGUCACUCUUAGUAUUGGUAUAGCUUCUUUUUAUCUCCCUGGUUUGAUCAUAGCGAUUUUGUACGCAUUCAUAUCUCGUGCAAGCAAAAGUCGAAUAAAUCCGGUUAAAACCAUGUCUGAAAAAAGUAAAUCCACGGUUUCUUCUAGUCCAGUGAAAGAUAAAAUAACACAAGCAAAUAAUACCAGACGUCCAACAAUUCCUGACGUAUUUCUGCAUGACCAAAUCCAAACUCGAAAAAUAACCGAUCAAAUGAUAACUGAUAACCAUUCACAACGUCAUCAUUAUGAGCUCACUAGCGAUUCAACUUAUCUCAGCGCAUUGCCUGCUAACGAGAAUCAGGAAGAGGCAAUCCAAGGCAAUACAAACUAUUACAUGGCACAAAACUAUUUGAGGAUUGACAACUCCGAUUUCUUCUCAACUAAGAUAGCUAGUAAAUCUGAAGAAGAGGUCGACUGUGGCAACACAUUAGGAAUACUCCCAAGUAUCAACAGGAAGAAAAGGAACAGCCGAAUGAUAAGAACAGACAAUAAUUUAAAUACCCCAAGAAGGAUUACAACGAAGAAAGUAACUAAAUCCCGAGAGAUUAAGGUCAUGACAACCAUUAUAGUUAUCGUCCUCGCAUUUAUCAUUACUGGAACACCAUACAAUAUCAUGAUGCUGUUAAGCACGUUCUGUUCAGUUUGUGUCCCUGAUACAAUGUGGACGAUUGGAUAUUGGCUUUGUUACAUCAACAGUACCAUCAACCCAGCCUGCUACGCUCUAUGCAAUGCCACCUUCAAGAAAACAUUCAAAAAUAUUCUCUCAUGCAAGUACAAAAAUAUUGGUACAACAAGGUAA